AUGGUUGUUGAUUCCAAGUCCAAAUCUGACAUCUCAUUCGCCGGAACCUUUGCCAGCAGUGCUUUCUCCGCAUCUUUCGCUGAGGUUUGUACCAUACCUUUGGACACUGCCAAAGUUAGGCUUCAGCUUCAAAAACAAGCUGUAGCUGGUGAUGUAUCCUCCUUACCUAAAUACAAGGGAUUGCUGGGAACGGUUGGAACAAUUGCCAGGGAAGAAGGUCUUUCAGCGCUCUGGAAGGGCAUUGUGCCAGGACUACAUCGUCAGUGUUUGUAUGGAGGAUUAAGAAUUGGGUUAUAUGAGCCUGUUAAGACUUUCUAUAUGGGAAGUGACCAUGUUGGUGAUGUUCCGCUGUCAAAGAAAAUUCUAGCUGCAUUUACGACUGGUGCUGUGGCAAUUACAGUGGCGAAUCCAACUGAUCUUGUCAAAGUCAGACUUCAAGCAGAAGGAAAGUUACCUCCUGGAGUUCCCAGGCGCUACUCUGGAUCUUUAAAUGCUUAUUCAUCAAUCGUGAGACAGGAAGGAGUUAGAGCUCUUUGGACAGGUCUUGGCCCCAACAUAGCAAGAAAUGGUAUUAUCAACGCUGCUGAACUAGCUAGCUAUGAUCAAGUGAAGCAGACUAUUUUGAAAAUUCCAGGAUUCACCGACAAUGUUGUAACUCAUCUCUUUGCUGGCCUUGGGGCAGGGUUUUUCGCCGUUUGUAUCGGCUCCCCCGUUGAUGUGGUCAAGUCGAGAAUGAUGGGAGAUUCUAGUUACAAAAGCACCCUUGAUUGUUUUGUCAAAACCUUAAAGAAUGAUGGACCCUUGGCAUUUUAUAAAGGGUUCAUCCCAAAUUUUGGACGACUAGGAUCUUGGAACGUGAUCAUGUUUCUAACCCUAGAACAGACUAAAAAGUUCGUCAAAAGUUUAGAGUCAUCAUGA